AGAAUGGGGGAAGAGGUGAAGGUGGAUUGCGUCAUCAGGGACACCGUUUAGCUUGAACUCGUUCGUCAGCUGCAGAAAACGGGAAAGAUGCACCCUUGCCUCCUCAUCCUUCAAGCAAUGAAACUGGAUAGAGGAUGUAAUGAGUUGAAUCCAGCAUGGCUUGAUCUCGAAGUUGUUCGCUGGAAUGGGCGGGUAGAGGAUGACAGGGCGGAUAUAAGCAAUCCGUGGAGUGUAGUACUACUCCAAGGUGGGACCCGGCGGCGGUGGUGGUUGAUGCGGAACCCCAUCUACCCGGGGUAUGGGGUUGUUCCCCAAGAUCUGAUUCACCGGGGGAACCUGGAGAGGUAUCCCCUGUCGCGAGUUAUGGUAUCCUUCCAUCUAGUACUCUUCCUCAGAAUCGCUGCUUAAGUGGCCGUCUAUGCGCUCCUCCGUAGCCAGUCUAGCUCGUUGUUGUCUCCUAAGUUGGCGACAGGUGCGUUCAAACUCCGGAUCCAACGGCAGUAAACCUCCUGACUGGCUACGGGUCAUGCACUACCUGCACACAGUCAAGCAGUAAACCCGUGAAGGCACAAGUGUGACAGAGCAAACAAUGCAAAAAAGAAAAGAUAAAUUAACAGAAUUCACAUUUCUUCAACAAACUAGCCGUCCCCGGCAACGACGCCAAAAACUUGACUCGCUCCUACUGUCACUCUAGAAAAUGGCCAAGUGUAACCACCUCCUAAAGCGUAGUAUAGCGGGUUUGGGUUUUAAUAUCAACCCGGGUCCUAGAUGUGAUGACUACUCCGUGAGUUCUUAUUAUUUAGAAGUGAAACUUUAGUGAAGGUCCAAACAAGCAAACAAGCAAAGCAAGUAAAAAGGUUGUUUUCAAGUCGAGAGAGGUCACCCGGAUAUGGUUCCCCCUAGACUGCAGUUAAGCAGGAUUGUAGUUUACCAAGUUCAGGUUCAAUGAUAGUUAUAAUGUGGGAGGUUCUUAAACAGUCUGAAGUCUCGACUAAAGGUCUCCAGACCCUCUCAAUAUGAGUCUCCGCGGGCGACUAACCUCCACCGGAGUAACCAGAUUGAGGCCCUAACGAACCAAACCUCCACUACCGAAGUAAAUUCGGUACAGAAUAGUGAAUUGACUUCUCAAUUAAAGUCGCCAAUUCACUACCUUCAAUCAAGGGUGCUCUAUAAACCUAGGCAGAUAUUCUCUUUCUAGGUUAAAGUAGAAACAAUAGGAAUUUGAUCCAGAUUCAUGCCAUUCAACAAAUCAAACCUCAAUUGAACAUAAUCAUAUCAAUGAAUUUGUACUUGGGUUCAUACAAUCAGACCUAACAUACAAAUCUAGGGUUCUUCAUACCCAGGUGAAUAAGAAAGUUACUCCAUAGAGAGAGAUGGAAAAUCUAGCUCAGAUGCGGAAACCAUACUGUGAAGGAUGGGAAUCUGCUUCUGGCACUCAAUCAGAUCUUCUCCAAGCUCAAGCCGCGCUCCAAUGGUGAUGGAGAUCGAUCAAGGACACUUGCAGAGUCAGGUUCGUCACUUUCUCUCUCUAGGUAUCGCUUUUUCUCUCUAAAACUCGGUACCCCUCUCCUUUGGCUGGAAAUUGGGUUAAAACCCAGAAAUUCCCGAUCACACGGCCGUGUGAAUUUCCCAGCUGCCCGUGUGAGUUGUGCAAAAUGCGGCGUUUCGAUAAGUGGACUUCAGCCAUCCUACACGGUCACAACCACACGGCCGUGUGGAUUUCCAGGCUGCCCAUGUGAGUUCCCUGGAAUUUCCACACGGCCACAAGGGGUCUCCUACACGGACCAUGUGAUUUUGCCCGUGCAAUUUGAUGUCACACGGCCGUGUAGGUUUUUAGGCGUGCCCGUGUGGCUCCAUCAGCUUCUCGCCAAAUGUCCAAUCUUCGUCCAAUCGACCCCGGACUCGUUCCCAAGCCUUCAUUCACGUACUAGGAACUGAAAUAUCACAAACAAGAACAACCUAGCGUGAAAUCGGCCUAAAACGCGAGAAUCGACAUCUCAAACGGCUCAAGAAUAGGGGUAAAACAUGUGCAAUCAAUGGUCUAUCAUUACCAAUACACUUGGAAGAGCAACCAGGAGUGUAUAGGGCGUAUUGAGGAAAGGCUCGAUUGAGGCUUAUAUUCACCAUCCUGGUUCUAGUUAUACAACAGUGUCAUUAUAUUCAAUGAAUUACCUCUUGAAUAUGAUCACAUCCUUUAAGAUUUGAGUUUGAAGGAAGUCGAGGCAAAGCUAAAGCUUGUUCCGAUUUGAUGCCCGCAUGACGCAAUAGAGGAAUGCAAUGAUAUUAUCAUUAGAAUAUGGGAUGAUGGAGGAAAAUGUCAAGAAAGAGUAGCAAAGUGUGAGAAAGAGCUGACGAGUUGGGCAAAACAAAUUUUUGAAGAACAAAAUAAAUGGUCCAAGGAUAU